AUGGAUUCGUUCGUGAUCAAAACCCCUUGCUCCUCAGCCAACAUCGGCCCCGGCUUCGAUGUGAUCGGCCUGGCAUUAUCCCUCCACCUUGACCUCCAUGUCACCGUCGACCGCUCCAAGACCACCUCCGAACUUCCCUUGAACUGUGCCAUCACCUAUGAGGACCAAAGCAAAUCCACUGAGCAGAUCAGUCUCGACCCCGAGGUCAAUCUCAUCACCCGCGUCGCCCUGUAUGUCUUGCGCUGCCAUAACCAGCGCGCUUUCCCCGUCGAGACCAAGGUGCACAUCAUCAACCCGAUUCCCUUGGGUCGGGGUUUGGGAUCCUCGGGCACAGCUGUCGUCGCUGGUGUCAUGCUGGGUAAUGAAGUGGGCAAGCUGGGCCUAAGCAAAGACCGCCUGCUCGACUACUGCUUGAUGAUUGAGCGACACCCGGACAACGUGGCUGCAUCCCUCUUCGGAGGCUUUGUCGGUACUUACCUGAACGAGCUGAAGCCGGAGGACGUGGCGCGCAAAGAAAUCCCUCUGAGUGAAGUCCUCCCGGCGCCAGCUGGAGGCAUCGAUACCGGCAUUAAGCCUCCAGAGCCCCCUCUGGGCAUUGGUCAUUAUCGCAAGUUUGACUGGGCGCCGGAGAUAAAGGCUAUUGCCAUCAUCCCAGACUUCGUAGUGCCGACGGCCAAUGCUCGUAACGUCCUCCCAGAUACAUAUUCUCGAGCUGACGUGGUUUUCAAUCUUCAGCGUGCUGCGUUGUUGCCUGCGGCCCUGGGCAGUUCCCCGCCGGACCCUGAUAUGAUUUUCCUGGCCAUGCAGGACAAGGUGCAUCAGCCAUACCGCAAGACGCUGAUUCCCGGUCUGACCGAGAUCCUCCAAUCUAUGACUCCGGCCACACAACCUGGCCUACUGGGUAUAUGUCUCUCUGGCGCUGGGCCAACCAUCCUGGCCCUGGCGACCGAUCGCUUCACUGAGAUUGCAGACCGCAUCAUCGCACGGUUCGCUACCAACAACAUCACCUGCCAAUGGAAACUGCUCGAGCCUGCCCAGGGUGGUGCUACCGUCAUCCGGGAUUAA